AUGGAAGAUCACUCGCGAUCCAUAUCACGAGCCAUCUCGAAAGCUGGGUCAAAUGCAACACCUGGAUGCCUUCCCACGCCCUCUCCUCCUGCUUUUUCACCUCCUCUGGCUUCAGGGGCAUCUCUCGGCCAAGGCUCGGUUGUCGUCCAGCCACCGGCAAUCACUGCUGCCGUCUCUGACAAUCGCAAUAUCGACAGUUCUUCUCCAAGGAUCUCCGAAGUCGAGUGGUCUUUUCAGGACCUGCAUGUCUCAUCUCAGACGGGAUCCCCUUCUCAAGCCGCUGUCACCGAGAGACACAGUAGCCCUACAGCUCACACAGGCACCAGCUCCUACAUCCUGCGGGUACUGAGCCAAGAAGAAGAGCUAGAUCGAAAUGGACUUGUUGUCUUGAGUUCCAAUGAGGCCGAUGGGCCACAGCAUCACUAUGACCCAGAUGACGACGAAGUCGAGUCCGAGGACGACGAAGUAACUUCCGAAGAUGAAGUGGAGCUUGAUCGGGAAGAGACCAUAGAGUCUGAUGGGCGAGUGGAUACCAUACAGGGUGAAGACGAGAACACUGAGGAAAUCGGCGACGACGAAGAAGAAGAAGAAGAAGAAGAGGAAGAAGAUGACGAAGAGCUCGACGAUGAGCCUGGCCCUCUUGAUGACAACGAUGAGGAGCCGUCUUUGCCACCGCCCAUCAAUCUCAGUAGCAUUGGCUGCAGCGACGAGUGCCGAUCGGAGUUCCAGCAGGGCAUCGGCAUCUACGAUGAACAGAUCAAAAGACUCGAGAGCAAGAUCCAUGAACUUAGUCUAGACAACCACACUUUGAGAGCGGAUAUAGCCAGGUUGGAGAAAAAGCGAAACACACUGACAUAUACUGACAUCUACAAGCUAUGCUGCAAGGAGGAGAAUAUGAGCACGAAGACUGACAAUGUUCAUCCGAACUUGAGACUGAGGGGCCCCACAAGUAAGGAAAUUCAAGGCGACGUGCUGGAAGGUCUUGACACCAAUUCAGUCAGUCAGGACAGGGAGUCUGAGGAGAGCCGUAAUGGUCCUGAGGGACUCUUCGUGCAGGACGAUGAGCACCCCGAGGAAGUUCAAAGCUUAGAGGGCCAGCAACCACGGGCGGAUCCUUACCUCAAGGACUUUCCUUUCGAUCGACUGCCCGCCAAAGUACAGGCCAACAUCAUCAAAUUCGUCUUCGUUGAAGAAAGCAAGCUUAUUCACUGCAUCACUCGUCUCGAUAGAUUCAUGCCUCCAGAGCAACCCACGCAAACAAACGCGAACAAAAGUGGUCUCCCUCGUCGCUUCCACCUUUCCGGAACAUCUUGCAAUAUCACCUACGGUAUGAAACCGAACACUCGCCUCGCUCUGCUCACAGUCUGCAAGCGUUGGUACUACUUUGGGAUCCACGCUUUCUACGGUCUGAACACCUUCGCCUUCUCGAGCCUUGGAGAAUUUGGCCGCUUCUGCACUGGCAUCGGUGAAGCAAGAAGAGAAAGAAUCCAGCAUAUCGAAUUGCUAUGGGUUGGCAGCCAGUACCUCACUCACAAGCCUGUCAAGGAAGGUAGAAAGGGCGCACUCAAAUAUGUAUCCAAAAGGACAUGGGACGUUUCUUGGCUCUGCCAGCUGCCUCGUCUAAGAACUCUCAUUAUACAUAUCGAUGAGAGUGGCCCGCAGUACACGAGGCGCCGUCAUGAGCCCAAGGCCUAUGCUGACUGGAUGGCGUCUGUCACGGCUGGUCAACCCAAUUUCCGCAUGACGAGAUCCCUGCGAAAUCUCCAGGGACUGCAUUUCCUUCACGCACUUCGUGGGAUGGAGCUCAUACAGUUUUACGACUACAACAUAUCCCGCCAGGAAGGUGGUCGUCAUCGAAUCCGUGACUGGUCAUUCAUCAGGGAUAUCGAGGGUGUGACGGCUAUGCCAAAGACCGGCGAUAAGGCAGAAACCGCAAACUUGGCCAAUUUGAUUCCGGUUCUUCCACGGUACGAGGCUUCUCAAGAGGACGUUGAGGCGAUCAAGGGCCUCUAUCACAAUAGUCAAGCCUUUGACGCAGUGUAUGUGUCGCCGCCAGUUGUGGAAAGGGAUGGAGACGGCGAUAUCGAGAUGGCAGACGCUGGAAGCCAGGAUCCGGUCCAGCAACGUGCUACGGUGGUAUCUCGAGGCGGAUCACGAGCCAACAAAGGAACAGGAGAAACAACUGCAAGGAGCAAAUUGGGGCAGUCAAGCUCCAUCAAUAAAUCAAAGGGUCCACGUCCUGGGAAGGGAAAGAAGGUCGCCCGAUCUAGGACCACAACGCCCGAUAGGGACCUAGACGGAACCGAAUCCGAGGCUUCUGGCGAAGCAACACCGAAAGCACACAUCCACCGCGUUCGAGCGGAUACUGAAAUGACCACUUCAACGCUUACGGAAGACAGCUUCGCGAACGACUAUGACGACGAAUUAUCACUGGCAGGGUCCAAUGCUAGCAACCCGAUCGACUUGGACAGCACAGAGCCACCAAAGAUGAAUAUACGCCUAUGGCGCCUUCAGCAAGAAGACAAUUUCAACCGCGUCAAGCGCGAGCAUUCCGACGCAAUGUCAAUUGGUCAUGUGUCUUCAGCCGGGAGCGAGAGAUCUCACGGCAGCGGAAACGGCCUCUUCGUGGGCGGCUCGUCGCCGUCAAUGUCACACUAUCGACAACGCCGUGAAACUACCGUGCUGACGGAUGCCUUGCGCAAGAGAGGAUACGACGAGUCGGCAAUGCGAGUCGCCAUCGAUCUGACGACAGAGGAUGACGAUGCCAGCUCCUACUUCACCGGUAUCCCAAGCUCUUCUAUGGCCACCGCCUCGCGCCGUAGCGGUAAUGAAGGGAUUUAUGGAUACAUCCCGCCCGUCAUACAGCAGGAGACUGCCCUCCCUAGGCUUUCGCGUCUUCAAAGCGUCGGAAGCGUAGAUGACUGUCCCUUCACUAAAAAACGAAGACAUUGA